CAGUUAAGUACUGUUAGCAACACUGUUCCGUCGACGGCCAAGCUAAACCCAGAGAAGGGACAAUUCACAGCAGAGGAACUACUACGAUUGGAAGCAACUAAAAUUGAAAGGAUGAGCUGUUUACGUUCUCGAACAAGGUGGUUGCCGGAGGAGGAUAGACGGUUAUUGGACCUAGCUGAACGAUAUCAGAGAAAGUGGACAUACCUUACAAGAUUCUUCGUAGAUCGGCCAGCCGCAAAUUUAUGUAAUCGUUAUAAAAUGCUCAUAAAUGAAAUCAAAUUAGGCGGUUGGUCGAAAGAGGAAUUAGAGGAAUUGCAAAAUUUCGGCAAUGGGCGCUCGUACGACGAAAUCGACGAUUGGGAAAAGCUUAAAGAGUCGCCGCUUUUUCAUAAUCGUCCGUUAUCUAUGGUUAAGGCAACGUAUAAGCAUUCCUUUGAUCCCCGAAUUCAUAAGGGCCGUUGGACUCGGGAAGAGUCUGAUAAAUUAGAGAAAUAUGUCGCUAUGUUUGGAGAAGACGAAAUGGAUAAGAUUGCUCAGUUUAUUGGUACACGUACAAAACGACAAUGUCUAGAACGUUGGCGUUGGCAAAUGUCUGGGAAGAAAAAGGGACGAUUUACAGCCGAAGAGGAUCAGAAAAUAAUGGAAGCAGUGAAGUUGUAUGGAGAGAAUUUUGCAGCUAUCUGUAAAGUCACGGGAAUUAAUCGCACCCCUCGUCACGUAUCCCAGCAUUAUCAUCAUAGAUUGAAUCCAGCCACAGAUAGAUCGCCGUGGACAACCGAAGAAAUGAAGCAAGUGUAUGAAACUUGCCUA